AGGAAAAACGAAGUUAGCGCUGCUAGCUUGUAGCCUAGCUAUGAAACCCUGUAACAACCAAACCUCGCUAUCGAGUACGCAUACUACGCAUAUAGCUAACGACCCAUCUGACUAAUUUACAGGGACGGUUAAAGAUAACCGGAUCAAAUGGUUUAUGAGUCUGUGCAGUCAUGGGUGACAUGAAAACCCCAGAUUUUGAUGAUCUGCUGGCUGCGUUUGACAUCCCUGAUGCCACAGGGUUGGAUGCUAAAGAGCCUAUCCAAGGGGGUCAUGAGGAGGCUGAGAGUCAGCUGAAGCACUCGGGGAUAUGUCUGGAUGACAGCUUAUUGAGCAACCAAGCAGUUACAGCAUCAGAUAUACCUGCUGUAAGUGUUAUUGUGAAAAACACAAGUCGUCAGGAGUCACUGGGGGAUUUUGAAGAUAGGCUUCACACAGACUUGGUGUUACAAAAUGGAUUCAGGGGACAAGAGUCCUCCAUUGACUCUGAGAUAACUGAUCCUGACUUCUCCAAAUCGUUUGCCUCUGCUUUGAAUGGUGAGAGUUCAAGGGAGUUUGGAAAGGCACCUAUUCAGCACAAACCUGAUGGAGCAAUAUUUUCCCAGUCGAUGUCUCAUUUUAGUCCCAUCUCAAGUCCUGAGUCGGAAGACACUCAAUGUAAUAGAGAUGAAGCGCACCCAACACAAGAAAAACCCUGUUUCCCAGAAGCCCCAGAUUUGGUGGAGGCUUCAGUACCAGAGAAUCCCCCAAAAGUGGACCUCUGCCUUUUCGAUGACUGUCCUGAGGACUCUGAUGUUCCCAAGAACACUCAAAGUAGCAGAACAGAAAACAGUCAAAUUGACGUGCCCUCUGAUGGUAACGAAAUGGAUUUAACACCUAAAGUACGCAGUGCAGUUCACUCGCCAAUCAGUAACCAGAACUUUGAGUCCAACUGCAAUUCAGGAACUACAAAGGAGGUUCACAUCCCUUUUCCUUUUGUCAAAGCCCCGACAUCUAAAUUAUCAUCUUGCCUUGAGGCUUUGGCAGCACUGAAUGCCAGAAAAGAUCCCACUGAGCCAUCAGCAUUUCACAACGAUUGCAUGAAAGCAAGCUCCAAGGUCCCGAUAUCCCCAAGAAGUCCUCGAAGUCCACUUGAAGUUGUAAAACGUUUAAUGAAGCCCUCUGAUAGCCCCGUAAGCAUCUGUAGUGAUAGUAGCGGUAAAGCGUCCCCUGCCGUGGCAUCCGGGUCACCCCCUGUUAUACCCCGGGUCAGAAUUAAAACCAUCAAAACCACAUCUGGACAGAUCAAGCGCACAGUCACCAGUGUUCUGCCUGACUCCGAGACGGAUGAAGUUCACUCUACCUAUGAAUCCUCUCCAUCUCAGAGUAUGAUGAGUGAAGACUCUUACUGUAAUAUGUCUCCACAUCUGUCUCAAAGUGUGGCCGAUGAUGUUGAUGUACAGAGUAAAGUCACAUCAGCUAGUGCAUUGUCACCCAAAGUAUUACUUAAAAAAUCAGAAGCUAACUCCAGGAAGUCAGGCACAUCACAGUCUGCACCAGUAGUUCAUAACACCAGUGGAUCUGUCAAAAGACAUGUUCAGGUGCAGAGACCAAAGAGAGUGUCAGCCGCAACAGGACCUCCGACAACAAACACAAACUUCCUCCCUAAAGCAAUGCACUUAGCAAGUUUGAACCUUGUCCCUCACAGUGUUGCUGCCUCAGUAGCUGCACGAUCCACCUGUAGUCAACAAAGCCAACACGCACUCUCCUCUACGGUGUGCAGUACUGUCCCAUUGGUACAUCAGGUCAAAACAGCCAGCCCUUCUCCUCGUUCAUACAUUCCUAACACAGCUGCAGGAACCUUGAAUAGACUGUUGAACAACACUAACCCUGUGCCUACAUAUGUGCCCAACCUGAACCCCCCUCCAUUGAGCAACAUCAACCUUCCACCACGCGGCUACUGCUGCCUCGAGUGUGGGGACUCCUUUGGGGUUGAGAGGAGCCUUGCAUUUCAUUACAAUAGGAGGAGUGUUCACAUUGAAGUAGGAUGUACACACUGUGCGAAGACCAUGGUGUUCUUUAACAAGUGUGCCCUGUUGGCACAUGCCCGUGAGCACAAGAGCAACGGCAUGGUGAUGCAGUGCACACAGCUCCACAUGAAACCCAUCGCUGCAGAGCAUAUGUUUGUACCGCUGAACGUUGAACCUGUGAACGCGGACUCUUACACUUCGCCCUCGCCCUCACCCUCACCCUCACCUAAAAACCCACCCGUCCUGCCAUUAUAUCCAGACAGUAUCAUUCGCCAUAAAAUCCGGUGCUUGGAGUGUAACAAACAGUUACCUGACUUCAAAGCACUGGCGGGCCAUUACCAGAGGACGUCAGAGGAUGUGGAAGGACUUAUAUGUAAGAUGUGCUCAAUGUUGCUACCCAACAAGUGCAGCUUCAGAGCUCAUCAUCGCAUUCACACACACAAGUCUCCUUAUGUUUGUCCCGAGUGUGGCGGCCUGAGUCGGUCUGCAGACGUACAGAAGCACGUCAAGGAAAACUGUCUGCACUACGCUCGCAAGGCUUGGUACAAAUGUCUUCACUGUGAUAUGGUUUUCAAGACCCUUCAAGGACAAAAGGCUCACAUUGAAGAGAAACACUGUGAGGUCUUUUACAAGUGCUCCAUGUGUCCAGUGGCCUUAAAGACCAGUGAGAGCUGUGAAAUGCAUUUGAAAAAUAAACACGGUGCAAGCAAAACAACCCCUCAGUUAAUCUUUAAGUGUUCCUGUGAGACCAUUUUCAAGAAGAAGCAGCUGCUGUUUCAGCAUUUCCAUCAGAACGCCCAUAAGCACGUCACCUGUGUAUUCAAGUGUCCAGAGUGCAACUCCGUCUUUCCACAAAAGCACUUAUUAAUGCAGCACUUCAAGUCUGUGCAUGUAGGAAACCUGACGGCAGAGGCGGAGAAGAACAGCAGACAGCAAUCUGACAACGCUGAGUGCCAUCAGGCCUCUCAUCCCGUCCCACAGCAGAAGACGAGUCACGGUCCUGUGAAACACACAGAUAGUCCCAGAAAAAAGGCUGAGCAGGACGGCAGGCCGCGCGUGAAGCCCACUGGCUGGACAUGUGGCAAGUGUCUCCAGUGGUUCCCCGAAAGAGACUCAUAUGUUUCUCACGUGAAGAGCAAACACGGGAAGUCCGUGAAGAAGUAUCCAUGUCAACAUUGUGAGCAAUCUUUCAACUCUACCACCAGUUUGAGAAGACACCUUCGCAACGACCACCACGGAAAAAAGAAAACCUACACUUGUUGGUAUUGCACGGACACAAAGACAGUAUUUACAACCAGUUUGAAGCUGAAGAACCACAUCAGUCUAAUGCAUGGAAUUAAAAAUCCUGAUCUCGACCAAAUGCCGAAAACAGCCACACAGCAGUCAAAAAAGGCUUUGGGGAAGGGACGUGUACCAGAGAAGCCCUCAGGUGGCUCGCAGAAGGAAGGGCGGGAUCGCAGUGUGAGUGUCGAGGCUCCCUCGGCGAAGCGUCCGAAAACCCAGUUCCGCUGUUCCAAGUGCGGCUUCGCCACCGACGACAGCGCGCAGUUCCAGCAACAUAUACCUCAGCAUAAAACCGACGGGAACACUCCACAGUGCCUCCACUGCGGCCUGUGCUUCACGUCGGUGCUGUCCCUCAACAGACACCUUUUCAUUGUACACAAAGUCAAAGAGCCCGAGGAAGAGGAGAUGGAAGAAGCCAAGCUGGAGGCAAAGGGGCUGGAUAAUCACACGGUUAAAUCUGCCGAGACUGACGAGGUCAAUCAUUUGUCACCGGGGCGAAGCAAAGCGGAGGCGCCGCAGACGGAAGAGCCGGCGAGUCCACGCCGCGAAAACAUCGCGGACUGUGAUUUAAAAGUGAGCGCUCACUCUCACACACAACCCGUGUCACUGCGGUAACAACAACAACAACAACAACAACAACAACAGCCGCCUCUUCUUCACUCCACACCUCCACGUGUAAUGUGCUUUUCACGUAAAAGUAUCAGGAGAUACGGAGAGUUUUCCUUUUGACCAUUUUUAUUCCGAGAGACAUUCAGUCUCAGUAUUCAGACAGAGCAGUAUUUUUCAUAAAUUGCGAGGACAAAGGAGUAGUCAUAUUUUAAAAUUUUAUUUAACUUUGCAUGUUGAUAAUAUAUUCAUCUUGCCUUCCAAACAUACAGUAAGUGCACUCAUAUUACAGCUCAAGCCUUUUCUUUAUCUUUUCUUUCUGUUUUCCGUCCGCCCUGACAGGAGACUCGGGAAACGUCUGUGAGUUGUUUUCAGUCUCGUGUAUUGAUUGAUUGACGCGACGGGGGUCGGACUCUUCGCCUUUGUAACCGGCCGUAAAUUUAAAUGGCUUAAAGUUCUUCUGAAGUAUUUAAUGCGACACACUAUGACCUAUGAACGGUUUCAGGUUGAACGUUGGACUCUGUUGCGAUUAUUUUUUUGCAGCACAAAAGCUUGAAUUUUAGUCGCCAUUUAUUAAGGGGCUGCAACAUUUAAUCAGUUAUUAUUGGUUUCUGAAUGAAUCGUCAAUUAUUUUGACAAUCGAUUAAUAAUUGAUUGGAUUGUGUUUUUUUCUUCAAUAAUUAAUCAAGUUCUUUGAUUUUUCAGCUUCCUAAAUGUGAAUAUUUUCUGGUUUCUUCAAAGAAAUCAUUGGAAUGCAUUAAUUUUGCUUUGUGAGCAAAAGAAAGGUAUUUUAAGAACAUUGUUUCAUCAUUUCAAGGUAUUUUGGAAACAACGGUUAACAUAUUUUAUACAUUUUCCGACGUUUUAUGGACCAAACAGCUGAUUGAUUAAUUGAUGAAAUUAAUCGAUUAUCAAAAUAACGCUACUUGCAGCCCUACCAUACAAUUAUUAUUUAACUCAUUAUUCAGUAUUUGUUUAAAAAGCCGUAUUUGUGCAUUUAUGGUAAACAGUUAUUUUAUUUUCUAUCCUGUAAGGUCAGUUACAGGUGUGGGAUUGUUUUAAAAAGCAAAUCCUCCUGAAAUGACGCUACAUUUUGACAUUUUAAACAUUGCUUUUGUCUUUGUUUGUCCCAGAUCUGGCCUUUUUUUUUUUUUUUUUUUUUACAUUUACUCUUUAUGAGAUGUUUUUCUUUCCAGAGAGUAAAUAUGGAGAGGUAUUAGAUGUGAGAUGCAGCAGGAUUUGAAAAUACCUCAAAAUUUGCCAGAAGAGUAUUUUCAGGCAAGCGACCGAUCAAUGUAACGUCACAUCGUCAGGGUACAUUGUUUUUGGUUAUCCAGAGCAGGUUUGAAAGUGAAGCGCGGUGGCAUAUUAGAGAGGAUGUUUUAGAAAUCAGGACUUUAGAGGAGGAAAAAAAUCUUUUUCUUCCUGGUCUUAAUUUGUAAAGCAGCAUUUUCUGAUGUUUUGUAUACGACAGCUUCUACCUCCAUGGUAAAUGGCAGUGAUUGUUAAAUGAUGAAGAGUUGCAGGUAAUCUCAGUGCAAUGUAAAGUAGAAGAAAAAAACCUUAUAAGAUGUGUAUUAUUCCACAUGAUUAGAUUUUUAUAAAUUAUUUUGAGAGAGAUUGUGAGGCUAUGCGGUCAUAUUGACUCAACUGGCAAGUGAACGUUUGUAUGUAAGUGCUGUGUGAGCUCUUUUUUCCCCUCCCCUUGUACCUCUGUAAUCCUUUAAAUCACCACAAGGCUGAAGAAUGUUUUUUUUUGUUUUUUUCAACGCUCGUCAAAAAAAAAAUUUGUACUUUUGAUACUGUGUACAGCGACGCAAACCGUGUACAUACAGUAGCCACCACGACCCCUCGACCCCUCGACUCACAGCAUUUCUUAAGCCAUUACAUCUGUUUGGCAUGCAGUGGCCCAUGUGCCUUGCUGUUAUGUUUACGUAAAGUACUUACCAAUAAAUCGGUGCAUUUAAUUA